AUGGUGUUUCGAAGCGAGGAGAUGUGUUUGGCCCAGUUGUUCCUGCAAUCCGGUUCCGAGUACGACUGCAUCAGUGAGCUGGGUGAACUGGGCCUGGUCGAGUUCCGAGAUCUCAAUCCAAGCGUCAGCUCCUUCCAACGGCGCUUCGUCAGCGAGAUCAAGAGAUGUGAAGAGAUGGAGAGGAUUCUGGGUUAUCUGCUGAGAGAGAUCCAAAAGGCUAAAAUCGCCAUUCCUGAGGAGGAUGAGAGCCCACUUGCCCCUCCACCUAGACAAGUGCUAGAGAUCAUGGAGCAACUUCAAAGGUUGGAGAUGGAGCUCAGCGAGGUGGCGAGGAACAAAGAGAAGCUGCGCAGAAACCUGCUGGAGCUUAUCGAGUACACGCACAUGCUGAAGAUCACGCGCACCUUCAUACACAGCCGAUCCAGACACGAGGCUCUUGGUCCCCAGUAUGAAGAAUUCCCCACAAUGGAUGCAGACUCUGUAUCUGGAUACACCGGCAUGCAAAGACUCGGAGCCAAGCUUGGAUUUAUCUCAGGCCUUAUCCAGCGGGUGAAAGUGGAAGCCUUCGAGCGCAUGCUGUGGAGGGUUUGCAAGGGCUACACCAUCCUCAGCUACGCAGAAGUGGAUGAGAACCUCGCUGACCUUGAGACGGGUGAAAUAAGCAAGAAUGUCGUAUUCCUCAUCUCCUUUUGGGGAGAUCAGAUUGGACAGAAGGUUCAAAAAAUCUGUGAUUGCUACCAUUGCCAUCUCUACCCUCACCCUGAAAAUGACGAGGAGAGGGCGGACACGCUGGACAGCUUACGAACGCGCAUUCAAGACCUCAACAACGUUCUUCAUCGUACUGAGGACUACCUGAAGCAGGUGCUGCAGAGGGCCGCAGAGUCUGCGUACGCUUGGGUGGUACAGGUGAAAAAAAUGAAGGCCAUCUACCACAUCCUCAACCUGUGUAGUUUCGACGUCACCAACAAGUGUUUAAUCGCUGAGGUGUGGUGUCCUGUCAGUGACCUGGCAAACCUACGGGGGGCGCUUGAGGAAGGUUCGCGAAAAGGCGACGCCACAGUUCCAUCCUUUGUAAACCGCAUCCCGAGUGCAGAUACACCACCUACUUUAGUCCGAACCAACAAGUUCACAUGUGGAUUUCAGAGCAUCGUGGAGGCCUAUGGUGUUGGGGACUACCGUGAGGUGAGCCCAGCACCCUACACUAUAAUCACGUUCCCCUUCUUGUUCGCCGUCAUGUUCGGCGACAUGGGUCACGGUGUGCUGAUGAGCCUCUUUGCCCUCUGGAUGGUGCUGACGGAAAAAAAGCAAAGAAGGAAACGUUCCAGUAAUGAGAUAUGGGCAACCUUCUUCAAUGGGCGCUACAUCAUCCUCAUGAUGGGGCUGUUCUCCGUCUACACCGGCCUUAUAUACAACGACUGCUUCUCCAAAUCGCUUAAUAUAUUCGGCUCGGGCUGGAGCGUCAAGGCCAUGUUCACCAGUCACCAGUGGACGAACAAAACACUUCAAACGAACACUUUACUCACAUUGGACCCAAACGUUAGCGGAGUGUUCAGCGGCCCGUACCCAUUUGGCAUUGACCCUAUAUGGAGCAUGGCAGUUAACCGUCUAUCCUUCCUCAACUCGUAUAAAAUGAAGAUGUCCGUGGUCAUCGGGGUUAUCCACAUGAGCUUUGGCGUGGUUUUGAGUGUCUUCAAUCACUUACAUUUUCAGCAAAAGUAUGAUGUCUAUCUGCUGUUUCUUCCGGAGCUGCUCUUCCUGCUCUGUCUUUUCGGUUAUCUGGUUUUCAUGAUCUUCUAUAAGUGGUUGGCCUUCUCUGCGCGGGACUCCAGUCAGGCUCCCAGCAUCCUCAUCCACUACAUUAAUAUGUUUGUCAUGCAAGGGAAGGAUAUUGCUCCUCUGUACCCGGGACAGACAGGAUUGCAGAUUUUUCUGCUUGUAAUCGCCAUGAUGUCUGCACCCGUCCUGCUACUUGGAAAACCUAUGUUCCUCUACUGGAUGCAUCGUGGAGGCAAAGGCCUACGCAGGCGCAGAGGCUAUGAAAGGGUGAGGCGGGCUAGUGAGGAUGACAGUUCAGCCCCUCCGACUUAUGAGGAUGAUGAAGAGGAGGGACUUGAUGAGAUAAGCCACAGGGACAUUCGUCCCAGAAAGUUUGACUUUGCAGACGUGCUCCUGCAUCAGGCCAUUCAUACCAUUGAGUUCUGCCUUGGCUGUAUCUCCAACACUGCAUCGUACCUGCGACUCUGGGCUCUCAGCUUGGCACAUGCACAGCUUUCAGAGGUAUUGUGGGACAUGGUGAUGCGCCUGGGCUUGAGGAUCACGACUAGAGUAGGGGUGGUGUUUUUAGUGCCUGUGUUUGCCGUCUUUGCGCUGCUCACUGUGUCCAUCCUGCUGGUGAUGGAAGGUUUGUCGGCCUUCCUCCACGCUCUCCGUCUCCACUGGGUGGAAUUUCAGAACAAAUUUUACCACGGGAUGGGGGUCAAGUUUGUACCCUUCGACUUCUCGUUGCUGUCCUCGGUUUCAGAGCAAGACGGCCUCCUCUGA